CAAAUGGAAGAAGCAAACCAAUCUGUGGUGACUGAGUUUAUUUUUCGUGGGCUUUGUAAUUCAAGGGAGCUCCAGACCUUCCUUUUAAUGCCAUUUUCUAUACUCUACAUGAUGACUGUUGUGGGCAACCUCCUUGUUGUGUCAUUAAUCAUCACUGACCCUCAUCUCCAUUCCCCAAUGUACUUCCUCUUAGCCAAUCUCUCAUUUGUUGACUUCUGCCUUUCCUCAGUAACCACCCCUAAACUGACCACAGACUUCCUCACGGAAAAUAAGACCAUCUCUUUUGGGGGCUGCAUGAGCCAGAUCCUCUGUGUGCAUAUCUUUGCAGGGGGUGAGAUGGUGCUGCUUGUGUCAAUGGCUUAUGACCGCUAUGUGGCCAUUUGCAAGCCACUCCGUUACUUCAGCAUCAUGAACAGACAAAAGUGCAUCCUGCUGGUUUUGAUAUCUUGGAUCAUUGGCUUUGUGCAUGCCAUGAGUCAACUGGCUAUGAUUUUAGAGCUGCCCUUCUGUGGACCCAGAAUAGUGGACAGCUUUUUUUGUGAUAUCCCUUUGGUGAUCAAACUGGCCUGCAUGGAUACUCAUACUCUGGGGAUAUUGAUAAAUGCCGACAGUGGGGUCUUGGCAACAAGUUGCUUCAUUCUCUUGCUGAUCUCCUACACCUAUAUCCUAGUAACUGUCCGCCUUCACUCUAAGGAUGGGGCUUCUAAGGCUCUCUCCACCUGUACUUCCCACAUCACAGUGGUGGUGCUCUUCUUUGGGCCCUGCAUCUUCAUCUAUUUGUGGCCACUCAGUGUCACUUCGGUGGACAAGUUUCUUGCUGUGUUUUACACAGUGAUCACACCUCUCCUGAAUCCAGCCAUUUAUACACUGAGAAAUAAAGAGAUUAAGAAUGCCAUAAAGAGACUGGUAAAUCAAAAUGUGGAUUCAAGGGAUAAUUUUUAG